UGUAUCGAUUACAGGGGUUUGAACCGGGUCACUGUGAAGAACAAGUACCCUCUUCCCAGGAUUGAUGAGUUGUUGGAUCAGUUGAGGGGUGCUACUUGGUUCUCCAUGGUAGAUCUGGCGUCGGGUUAUCAUGAGAUACCGAUAGCUGAGGCAGAUGUGAGGAAGACUGCAUUCAGGACAAGGUAUGGGCAUUAUGAGAUUGUGGUGAUGCCUUUCGGGUUAACUAACGCACCAGCAGCGUUUAUGAGAUUGAUGAACAGUGUGUUUCAGGAGUUUCUGGAUGUAUCUGUCAUCAUUUUCAUCGACGAUAUCCUGGUUUAUUCUAAGAGUCCUGAGGAGCAUGCAGUGCAUUUGAGGGCAGUUAUGGAGAAGCUGCAGGAUCAGAAGUUGUUUAUAGCUGUGUAA